AUGAUGUCGAUGCCUCCAGUUCCGAAAAAGUCAUGGGAGCAAAUUCUUGACGCCACGCGUGAAGGACCUGUAUGUGUACAAGGAGAAGGAAAGUAUGAAAGAGAACAAAUGAAAGAAGAUUGCCUGUUUUUAAAUAUUUAUGUACCUGCACACACGAAGCAAAAAGCUCUGCCAGUAUUUAUAUUUAUACAUGGCGGUAUAUUUCAUUCACUAUCAGGAAACAGCGACCUUUUGUACGGACCACAAAUGUUCCUACAACACGGACUAAUUUUUAUAACGAUGAACUACAGAUUAGGAGCAUUGGGAUUUCUGUCACUUGAUAUCGAAGAAGCAUCGGGUAACGCAGCAUUAAAAGACGUAAUACUAGCCCUGAAAUGGAUUAACAACAAUAUUGAACGGUUUGGAGGAGAUCGAAAUAAAGUAACAAUCGGCGGACAUAGUUCUGGGGCAACAAUCGCUCACUACCUUUUAUUAACUGAACAAUCAAGUAAUCUUUUUCAACGAGCUAUACUCAUUAGCGGUAACGCUGCUUGUCAUAGAUCAGUUGCCAGACAUGCAAAAAAUAAUGCUCUUACUUUGGCUAAAGAAUUAGGAUUGUCCUCAAAUGAUCCACAUGAACUUUUAAUAAGACUUAAGGAAAUGGAUGUGUUUGACAUUAUAGAUGGUGAAAAAAGUUUAACUAAAUAUGAUAACGUGAUUUUAAGACCUUUUACAAUGUUUGUACCAAAUAUCGAAAUAGAAUCUCCGCAUGCAUUGAUAACUACGGAUCCCAUUAAAUUAUUACAGUUAGGGUUACGACAAAAUAUAUCUAUUUUAGCUGGAUUUAACGAAAUAGAAGGUGCUUACGUAAUUCCUAAAAUUAAAAGAAAUUCCGAUGGAUUGCAAAAAUUAAUGGAAAAUAUGGAGUAUGCUAUACCAUCUAAUAUAGAGUAUCCACUAGGGUCCAAAAUAUCUAAGGACUUAGCCAAAUCUAUAAGACAAUAUUACUGUAUUAACGAUUUAUCCAACUUUACGCUAAAUAACGUUGUCGACUUAUCCUCUGAUUCUCAAUAUAUUUAUAGCACCGAUUCAUGGAUUAAAAGCAAUCCUACUCCAAAGGACUUUGCUAGCAAGUUUAAAUGGCCUGAGUACGGACAAAAUGGAUCAUUACUCAUUAUAAAUGAAAAUCCGACUGAAGGCACCCUUCCAUCACCGCUUUUAGAAAGGCUUAAUUUCUGGAACGAUGUUUACGACAAAUAUUAUCAUUAUGUUGAAAAUGGUGGAAAACUGGAGAAAAAAUGCAUACCAUAA